AGCAUUACGUAAAGAAGAUGUAUAAACAUAAAUAAUUAGUUCCUUAAUAAGAUAAUCAACCAAGAAAUAUUCUAAAAAAAAAAAUAAAUAAAAACAAGUGAAUCGCGAAAAAGGCGAAAAUGGCGUCAACUAACGGCACAAAUGGUGAAAAGGAUCAUCGCCAAUAUGAUAAAAAGAGUAGCAUACAUGAGUGCAAUAUCUUUACAGCAAAAAACCGUCGCGAACUUGACGAUUGUCCUGUAGAACUCGUUGCUGGAUCAUCAUUUCCUUUAGUAGGCGAUGGCGAAGAAGACGAUCCUGAAUUCGAUGUCGAGUACAAUCCUUUUGAGCAUCGAAAAUUAACCCAUCCAACAACUGAUGGCGAGACGUUGAUUCAUUUGCUCAAAGGUUCUUUGGGGUCAGGAAUUUUAGCAAUGCCUCUUGCUUUCUCGAACGCCGGAUUAUGGUUUGGAUUGAUAGCAACAUGCGUCGUUGGCUUCACAUGUACAUAUUGCAUCCAUAUUUUAGUGAGAUCAGCGCACAAGUUGUGUCACAGGAAGCGAGUGCCAUCACUAAACUAUGCAGAUAUCGCGGAAUUGGCUGUUCUGACGGGACCUGAUAGUUUGCACAAGUAUUCCCGUCUCGCGAGAUUCUUGGUUGAUUCGUUUUUGAUAAUUGAUUUGUUGGGAUGUUGUUGCGUUUAUAACAUUUUCGUCGCACGAAACUUGGAACAAGUUUUCGAAAAUUACUUCGGAUGGGGCCUGAGUGUAAGAUGGUACAUCUUCGCAUUGUUACUUCCCCUAAUUUUGAUUAACUUGAUACGAAACUUGAAAUAUUUGGCUCCAUUGUCGAUGAUUGCGAAUACGUUGAUUUUCAUUGCAAUUAGUAUCACAAUUUACUAUUUAGUAACAGAUAUUCCGGAUUUUAAUACUCGACCAGCUGUCGUAAGCAUCGACAAGAUGCCCAAAUUCUUCGGGACAGUAAUUUUCGCAUUGGAAGGAAUUGGCGUUGUAAUGUCUUUGGAGAACAAUAUGAAGACUCCAUCUCAUUUCAUUGGAUGUCCCUCGGUGCUUUGUAUCGGCAUGUCAGUUGUCGUUAUCUCAUAUGCUGUCACUGGAUUCUUGGGAUAUGUGAAAUUUGGAGAUGCGACUCAAGGUUCAAUUACGUUAAAUCUUCCUGUAGAGGAAAUUCCCGCUCAAUCUGUGAAAAUUAUGAUCGCUGUGGCUAUUUUUUUGACGUUUGCGUUGCAAUUUUACGUGCCUGUCGAGAUUAUUUGGAACAAGAUGAAGAAUAACUUUACGAAACACUCUGUGCAUGCCGAAUAUACGUUGAGAAUUUUGUUGGUAAUUUUGACGGUAGUUAUUUCGAUUGCAAUUCCGGAUUUGGAGCCUUUCAUUUCGCUCAUUGGAGCGUUGUGUCUUUCGACUUUAGGAAUAAUCGGUCCAAGUGUGAUUGAUUUGAUCGUUUUCUGCGACGAUUUGGGUCUCUGGAAAUGGCGUUUGUGGCUAAACUUGACUCUCAUCCUGUUUGGUAUCGUUGGAUUCGUUGCGGGAACAUACGUUAGCAUCUUAGAGAUUAUCGAGUUGCAUCACUCGAGCAAAUAGUUCCUCAUAUUUUAUACCCAUAGUGCCUUCAUGUUAUACGAAAUAUUGUUUGAUAAGGUUGUUUUUUACAGAAAUUUUUUAUUUUUCAUGCGGUUUAUAAAUAUUGAAGCUAUAAUUUUUGAUGAAUACAAUUUUUUUCAAAGUACAAUUUCUUUUGUAGUGCGCGUCAAAAUGGCCAGUUGCAGCGUAAUUUGCAUUAUUUGCGUUGUAAUAAACAAAGUAAAUUGCGUCGGGGUGAAUUUCCUUAUGAAAA